AAUUUGACACAUAGAUAUAAUGGAGAUGAUAACAUGUGUGAAAUCAGAAACCAACCCAGUAAGAAGGCUAUUCAGUUCAAUGGAGUCUGAUCAUACAAAUCCUCCAUCUCCCAAGCUUGUAAAGAGACGGCGAAGAGAGCCACCUCCUUCUGAUCAAUCAAACUGUAACUUAACCUUAACCACAACUACUACCACCACCACCGUUAAAAGGAGUUCAAGAUUUCGAGGAGUUAGCCGGCAUAGGUGGACGGGAAGAUAUGAAGCUCACUUAUGGGAUAAGGGUUCAUGGAAUGUGACUCAAAGAAAGAAAGGAAAACAGGUUUAUCUUGGUGCUUAUAAUGAAGAAGAAGCUGCAGCAAGAGCAUAUGAUCUUGCUGCCAUAAAGUACUGGGGGCCUGCAACUUUCAUCAAUUUCCCUGUUUCUGAUUACGAAAUAGAGAUCGAGGCAAUGAAGAAUCAAACUAGAGAGGAGUACCUAGCCUCCUUAAGAAGGCGAAGCAGUGGUUUUUCUAGAGGCAUGUCCAAGUAUAGAGGAGUUGCAAGGCACCAUCACAAUGGUAGAUGGGAAGCAAGGAUAGGCAGAGUAUUUGGGAACAAAUAUCUCUACUUAGGAACAUACAAUACUCAAGAAGAGGCUGCACAUGCAUAUGAUAUAGCAGCAAUCGAAUACAGAGGAAUCAAUGCAGUAACCAACUUUGAUCUAAGCACAUACAUAAGAUGGUUAAGACCAUCUGAACCCAACUCAAAUCAGACCACAACUGAUCAACCAAGGCUUAUUGAUUAUAAAGGAACCUCCUCCAAUAAUGAGAAAACAGAAUUCUCAUUUCUCUCCAACUUCCAUGGGAUCAAAGAAAUGGAUUUCCAUCAAAAGAAAGAAUUAGAUGUUCAAACAAAGAUCGAUCUCAACAGCAGCAGCAGCAGCAAUCCUAACAAAUCAUCAACAACAACAACAACUGCACUGGGUCUCCUAUUCAGGUCAUCUAUGUUCAAGGAGCUGGUCGAAAAGAACUCGAAAGUCAUCAAUGGUCAGGGAACCGAGGAGACUGAUGACCCAAUGAGCCAAACGGGUUUUUACAAAAGGAUGGGUGGGUUUUCAUUGCCGAUUGUGGAGAAAAUUCCUGAGGUUGUAGUAUAUCAUAAUCCAGAGCAGACAUGGAGUCAUGGUAUGCCUUUGCCUCAAUUUAAUUAGGUUUCUAUGAAAUUUGGGAAGGUGGAAGAAGAACCAGUUGUCUAAUAAGUUAACUAUGCCCCUGAAGUUUCAAGACAUUUUGAAUUAUUCUCAUUGUGUUUGAAUUUUUUUUUUUUAUUUUGUUUAUGUAUUGUUAUUGAACAGGUUAGUUUGAAA